AAUCCAGUUCAAAUUCGUACCGCCCUAAUAUUUCAAACAAAGUAAAUAUUUGCGCCAAAUAUAUCAUAACAUGUCUAUUCGGAUUCGAAAGAAAUAUGUAGAUCGUAUUUUAUUAGCUAGAUUAUUAAACAGUGUGUUAAAAUAGAACUUACUACGUUGAUUUAAGAUUUGUGUGAUGACUUACGUAUUUUAGUUUUCAGUAUAGCGUCGGAAUUAGUAGCCGAUGCGCGCGCGCAACAGAAAUCGGAUUUCAGUUAAAUCUGAAGUGCAGUUAUUUUCAAUUCAAGUUUGGAAUGCGGUGUAUUCUAGCAAGAGUAUAUCUACUCUUUUGUGUCCAAUACAAGUGUUUACAAAAAUAGAUAGUUCAGUCGUUUUACCAUUAUCCUCAACAAAUGAGAGAUAUGGUAAUGAUUUUUCUAAUUGAAAAAGUCUCAACGUAUUCCCGGCCUUUUAAUGUAUAUUAUUCAAUCACUAAAUUUUAAGUGACAAUGACAAUUAUGGACUACAAAGUGGUGAUGUGGCAGUCAGUGUCAUAGUGGUGUGUAUAGUGUGUUGUGUUGUGUUGUGUUGUGUUGUGUUGUGUUGUGUGUUGUGAUGUCGCGUCGCGAUGUUGUGCCGCGUCCUGAACGCGAGGUCCUCGCGCCGCCGCCCAGCAAAUGUGCUAAAGUGCUGUACUACACGUGGAGGCUAUGUUCCGUGGUAUUCUCCCACUUCGUGAUGAUCAGCCUGGUGGUGGCUUACUGCAUCCUGGGAGCUGUCACUUUCGAGAAGCUGGAGGCAGCUCACGAGAAAGAGGUGAAGAUGAACAUCUCUCGUCUCCGGCGCAACACGACGGACAGCAUCUGGGGAAUGACGAAGAACGCCACCUACUUCAACGAGUCCAACUGGACAGCCGAUGUGGUCGACAUGCUCAAAGACUUUGAAAACGCACUACUACUGGAGAUGAAGGUUCGAGGCUGGGACGGCAGUGAGAGCACCACCCACAUCCAGUGGACUUUCACCGGCGCCCUGUUCUAUUCCAUCAUCGUCAUCACCACUAUAGGGUACGGUCACAUAGCACCGAAGACCCAGACGGGGAAGGUGGUGACCAUCUUCUACGCGAUCCUCGGCAUUCCCCUGAUGCUGCUCUGCCUCUCCAACAUCGGUGACGUGAUGGCUUCCUCUUUCAGGUUUUUGUACUGGCGUGUGUGCUGCUACGUAUGUACACGGCCACCUAAGCGCCGCCGCCGCCACCAUCCUUCAAUCAGGAGAUCCAUUCGUGGAAGUCGGCACGGUUCGACGCGGCGCAAGCGACCCGAGCGAGCACACUCUGACACCGAAUGCAGGUAUCGCGACAGCGGGUACAGCAGCGGCCGUGGCCGGCGUGGGCGUCUGGCUCAUGGGCCGAGCCUGCGAACCGCCUCGCAACCGCCCCUGACUCGUACAUACGAACCAAGAGGCUAUGAGAGAGACGUGUCCCCGGUGCGAUAUGAUCGGUAUGGACGGGACCAUUACGAGGAAGAUGAAGAGUUCCCAAGGAUAUCACUGCCCCUGAAAGACUUAGAAGCAGCUUUGCAAGACCUGAACGAUCACCAAAUGAAGGCAUCCAAAGCCGACAUCCGUAGCAAGUCCCUCCCGCGCCCUUCCAAGUCCAAACCCGACUUUGGACCUAGAGAUUUCGACAGAGACUUUGAUCCUGGUCCUAAGGAUAGGAGAGACUUUGACCCUGGACCUAAAAAUAGGAGAGACUUUGAUCCAGGACCGAGAAACACAAGAGAUUUUGACCCCGGACCAUCAAAAGACCGUUUUGAGAUGCAUGAUCUUUAUGAUGUAGAUUAUGAGAACUAUAAAGAGAGGAAGGCUCAGCAGGAGAGAGAGAGAAGGAACGACUACAGGGAAAGGGAUUACGAUCCUGAGGAUGAUGAUUAUGAGUUUGAUAGCCCUAAGAGAAGGAGGACUUGGGACCGACGUGGCGAUCGUUGGGACUUCGAUCGCGACCGCGAAGACUACCAAGAGCGACGUCCAAACCGGCGUGCGCGCAGUGCUCUCUACGACGGCGAGCGACGAUGGGACGAGUGGGACGACAGGAGACGCUGGGACGACGAAGGAGAUAGAAGACGGCGAGAGGGAGAGAGAAGGCGCUGGGAUGAUAGAGAUGGAGAUAGAAGACGAUGGGACGAUAAAGAUGGAGAUAGGCGAUGGGAGGAUGUGGAAGGAGGGAGGAGGAGGUUGCGACGGCUGUAUACAACUGAUGAGAGUAGGCCGCCACGUGAUAUGACGCCUUCGCCUGAACGAGACUAUUGGAGCGACGAUGGAGUCGUGGUCCCCGCGCGGCGUGGAAGAUCUGCUGCUUGGGGAUCCCGCCAUACAGACAUUUACGAAGACGACGCAGAGCCGGUAAAGCAAGAAAUAAAGCCGGUACCAAUCUGGCUGUGCGUGUGCCUCGUCGCCUCCUACAUCGUGGCGGGAACGUUCCUGUUUCAGCAGUGGGAGGACUGGAACUACCUGGAUUCUGCUUACUUCUGCUUCAUCACGCUCACCACCAUAGGCUUUGGGGACUUCGUUCCUGGCAUGAAGUUACAGGGCCGCACCGACUCGACAGUGGCCGCCGUGCACUCCAUCGCGCUCUGCUCGCUGUACCUCCUCUUCGGCAUCGCUCUGCUGGCCAUGUCCUUCAACCUGGUCCAGGAGCAAGUCCGGGCGAACGUGGCUGCACUGGCCACCCGACUCGGGAUCAUCAAACCGAGGGAUCCUGACUACUGACCAGACAACCUUGUACCACCCCUUGUACCCUACAGAACUGAGAUAACCUUCCUAGCACACUUGUAUCAUAAUUUGACAUAGGACUAAAAAAUAAUCGGAUACAUUCAAUCUACAAAGUCAAGUCAAAAGUUACUCAAAACUUAACACUACGCCGUACUAAUUUACUGACUAAAAUAAUUUACCUAAUAAAAUUAUUAAA